AAAUACAGAAUCUGGUUGUCGAACCGGUGUCGUGCAUUCGUUGAACCGUAUCUUCAGGACCUAUAUAAAACAGAGUCGCGGUCAAGACCCUGCCGUUUAGUCGAGUGCGAGCUACGAAUGAAGAUGUUUAAUUUCGCGAUACUUUGUCUCUGUAUCUACGGAGCGACAUGUUCCCCGACGGUUUUAUACUCCAAGCCAACGGUAAACGCCGACGAGGUUGGAGAAUCUGCAGUACCGGAUGUUGGGAUUAUUGCUGACAAAAUGUCUGAUUCAGAACGUGAAUUAUCAACGCGAAUAGAAGUACCGGGAGCUAAUAAUACUGCUGAGAAGAUACAAGUUUAUCCGCAGUAUCUGCCAGGCACGGAAAAUCUUGCAGAAAAAGCAAUACCGGAAGCUGUGAUACGACAAAUUGGACACCCUUUUACAUACCGCCAACAGUAACUUAAACUUGAGUAGAAUAUAAACUGUAUUAGUUAUUAAAGGAUUGAUCGAUCGGAUUUAUCUAAAAGAUUUAGUACGACUGUAUGAUUAGGAAGUAUAGAAUACCUUUCAAUGGUGACUAAUAGGUUUAAAUAAAAGUAUAACUCCAAUAAGAUGUUGAUUUACGUCUUGAAAAAUGUGUAUGAAUACUAUUUUGUAGAAUGUAAUGUCAGCGAAUAAACUAAUUAUAAAUGUAUCCAAUAAACAAACAAUAAUGAAAAA